UAUUUCAGUAUUCUGUGUCGCUGAUUACGGAAAUGAAACAACAAUACUGCAUAAUUAAAUUAUUGAUAAUUUUGCCAUAAAUCUAUAAAAUAUAAAUUAUCGGUAUUCGUUUCCAAUAGUGCAAUUCAUUUAAUUUUAGAAGAACUGUAGAAAUUCUGAAAAAUAAUUAAACGGCAACUCUGUUCAAUGUUUGACGCAUGAAUGACUUUUAAGACGUAUAUGUUCCAUAAUCAGCUGUUCUGUUAUGUCGGAUUCAUAAAAUAUUAGACGGGAGCUCCUGGUUUUGGUUGAAAUCGUUUAUAUUACAUAUUAUUAAUGUAAGGUUCCGAAGUAAAUGCUGAAAAAUAUAUUUCUGGCAUAUUUUAAACUUUGUGCAAAAAAAAAGGAACACCAAAAUCGAUCGACAUAAAUUUAUUUUUUAAAUAUAUGUAUAGUCUCAAAUUGCGACCUUUGUAUUGACGAAUUUGCCAAUACUCGAAGCACUUGAAAAGAAUCUGCAAAAUUGAAAGUGUGUUUAUCUGAGUCUGACCAAACUAUCCUUUGGAUUUCUAGUGUUUUUGAGGCUUGUCUAUCACCAUGUCGCAUUAUAGUGAUGCCGAAGACUCAAUCGGGGAGAGUGCAGAGAGUGAGGGACUUAGAAAAAGAAAAGUUUGGGACCUGGAAAAUGAAAGCCUAACAUCGGAAAUCAAGGAACUGCUAGACGAUGAUGUUAAUUCAUUGGUGGAAGAAGACUGUGUUGGAUGCCCCUUGCCUUCAACUCCAGAAGAUGAGGCAGUACUGGAUUCUGAAAUGAGUGAAGUACUCAAAGCUGCAGUCUUAGGUACAGGUGAUGAGUUAGAUAUCACCGCCUUGGCUCACAAUGCUGCCAGUCAAGCCGAACAUGUAGUACGUAAGAUGAUACAGGCCGGUUGGUCUGUUUGCCAUUUUCGAAACCUGCCAGCUUGGCUUCAAGACAACGACUUCCUUAUUUUCGGACACAGGCCCCCUCUGCCCAGUUUCCGAGCAUGUUUUAAAAGUAUCUUCAGGAUUCACACCGAGACUGCCAACAUUUGGACGCAUCUACUUGGAUGUGUCGCUUUUAUCGGGUUAGCUGUAUUCUUCGUGAUUGGGCCCCCCGAAGCCAUGUAUCUCGGCGAGAAAAUAGUCUUUGGAGCCUUUUUCUUAGCUGCCAUCACCUGCUUUUGGUUCAGUACCCUAUUUCACACGUUCUGCUGCUACGAUCCGUUCUACAGAAACUUGUUCUCGAAGCUAGAUUAUUGUGGUAUCACUAUACUUAUCAUAGGCUCGUUUGUGCCCUGGGUUUAUUACGGUUUUUACUGCGAUUUCAGAUGGAAGAUUAUCUACCUGACCGGUGUGUGUUUCUUGGGUGCGGCCAGUGUUAUAGUCAGCUGGUGGGAAAAGUUCUCCAAGCCGGAAUGGAGAUUGUUUAGAACGGGUGUCUUUAUGACAUUUAGUUUAGCCGGAUUGGCGCCCGCAAUUCAUUUUGGGGUUCGGGAAGGCUGCCACAAUUACACUGCCAUGAAGACCUUAAUUUGGUUGUUUUUGAUGGGUACCCUGCAUCUUGUGGGAGCAGUAUUUUAUACCAUAAGAGUUCCGGAAAGAUUCUGUCCAGGGCUAGCUACUUAUUUUCUUCAAAGUCCUCCAAUCCAAGUAGAGUUUCAAGAAAAGUUAGUGUUCUGCUUUUUUUUCUGUGGAGCUAUUUUAUGCCUAGGACUCAGUACGUUAUUCCAUACAGUCAGUUGUCACUCAAAGAAUAUUUUAAACGUGUUUUCCAAAUUAGAUUAUUGCGGUAUAAGCUUAUUGAUCAUGGGAUCAAUUGUUCCAUGGUUAUAUUAUAGUUUUUAUUGUCAUUUUCGACCGAAGCUUGUUUACACAAUCGUCACAUGCGCCAUGGGGGUAGCCACCAUGGUAGUCAGCUUAUGGGAUGAGUUCUCUAAGUCUGAACGCCGUCAUAUAAGGGCUGGCUUAUUUUUGCUGUUCGGUUUGUCUGGAGUAGUCCCAGCGAUACAUUUCGGAAUGCUAGAAGGAUGGUUCACGAACAUCUUCCAAAAGUCCAUAGCAUCAAUGAUACUGAUGGGACUUUGUUAUAUAGCAGGGACUAUGCUGUAUGCUCUAAGGGUGCCAGAAAGAUUUUAUCCAGGCAAAUUUGACAUUUGGCUACACUCUCAUCAGAUUUUCCACGUUUUUGUUUUGGGUGGAGCAUACUUUCAUUAUCAAGGGUUGAUGGAAAUAGCUAGAGACAGAUUGGAAAUAGCCCAAUGUGAAAUUUCAUGACACACUGUAAAUUUACAUUUUUCUAGCAAUGAAUUUAGUAGUUUUUCUGCAACAUUAAAUAAUUAUUGUGGUUUGCGCCUUCAACCAAAGGAUGUAUUGAUAAGCUCUUCAAUUUGUUCAUCACUCUUAUAAAUACAGACGAAAUCUUAUAGAACUUGCAUCAGAAGUAUUCAAUUUUUAAUGGUGCUAUUAAUGAUUUAAAAGUAUCGAAAUUGUUCUCACAGGAAAUUCUCAGUUUCUGUUAUACUCGUGAAUUCCAGAUGCUUUUUUUUUCAAUAAAAUAUCAGUAUAUUUCUAAUAAAAAUGAUCAUAAAAGACUAUUUUUGUCUAACAUUAUAGAUGUAAAAUACCGAAUCGAUGUUUUCCAAGAUUAUAAAUAUGGUUAGAUGCCAAUUAAAUUGUCUUAUAUUAUGUUUUUUUUUUAAUUAAUUGUAGUUUCAUUUUGGUUUCACUCAUUUGAGAAAUAUAUCUACUUAAAAAUAGAUUUUAGGUCUGUUUAUUUGUAAUAUUGAUAAGUUCAAUUUGUACAAAUUUAAAUGGUACCUAAUAUAGUUAAUUAUGUGAUAUUUGUUUGUUUGGGCAUAAGCUCAGUGUUAAAUAAACUAUUGAAAAAUA